AUGUCACAACCACCACUACUGCAACUGGUAUCCAACUGGAUAUUCAACGUCAUACAGCCGCUGUACUUGAACAAGCAGCUAGUUUAUACCCAUGUCUAUCAGUUCCUACAGCAACACCUAAAAAGAAAUUUGAAUUUUAGAAUACGAACACAAGUGCAUACAUCUGAAGAAACUGGACAAUCGGAAUUGUUGAUCAACUUAUUCGGGACAAUCAAUGUGAAUGAUGUCGUUGGGAUUCCAAUUGAAAUAUGGCUUCCAUUUACUUACCCGUUUUCAGAUUAUGACAGAAAUGGUGCUCCAUUGGUGUACAUAGUUCCCAAUCACGCUAAAAGUUGGUACUUGACACCCACCAACAAUGUUGAUCUGCAAGGAAAGUUUUACCACCCAUACCUUGCAAGUUGGCAUCGCGACUUUAACGAAACGAGUGGAGAUAUUUCAAACAUUUACAAUUUAAUCAAAUUGGUCAAUAUUAUAUACCAGAGUGUUAGGUAUGAAGUUCCCAUUAUCUUGCAACCAACGGUCCUACCCUCCAAUGCACCACCAAAGCCAGCAAAAAUUUCCUCGGAGGAAAACGCAUUGUCCACAACACUGCAAACACACCUGUUUCAAUCAUCUCCUAGUCGGUCAGGGGUGGUGUCAUCGCAAAGCACAGGUCCACCAGCUCUUCCAGCAAAGCCUCCCAAAGUCUUGUCACCACAGCAAACACUGUCAAAUGCAAUACCUGAAAAGUAUCAAAGACCUUUGCCGCUACCUCAAGAGUCACAGUUUCCUGCAUUGUCUGCUCCCCCUCCCAUGUCUGCACCGGUCACACCUCAGCACACUCAAUUUAGCACGGAAGAUGGCGCGCUCACACCACAAGAUGAUAAGCAUCUGCACAAGAAGCCUUCUACUCCAACGCACAAACAAGAAACCUCUGAGGCAAUAGACCUAGUCGACAGCAUUGCAGAGCUAUCUGUUGUUGAUAAUGAACGCAGGGUCGCACUUGAAAAGAUAUCACAAGAAUUCAAUAGCUACUUCGCUCAGGAUCCAAUCCACAAUCACACGCGACUGGUUAAUCAAAACAUUCAGAGGACCAAUGCUUUAUACGCACAGCUAUCCCGUCAUAAUCAACAAGCGUCAGAGAAUUUGAAAAACCUCGAUGAUCAUAUAAACCAUAUGUCCACUCGUUUGUCCAGUUUGACGCAUUUAAACCAAGAGUUGACAGUACUUCAUCAGCUCAACAACCAAUCUCAAGACAAGGUCAUCCUCAAUAACUCAUUUGAGCUACCAUUGGAUGAGUUAAUCAUUCCCGACCUGCCUCUAGUGAAGCAGUUGUACGAGGUCGUGCUGGAGAUCAAAGCUACCAAGGACACAAUAAAUUUGAUUUCGGGAAAUUUCCACGGCUGCAAAGAGUUGAUCAGUGAUAAGAACUUGGAUGCGUGUGUCAAGACGUUGAGAAACUUGGGUCGCGAGUUGUUUUGGUUGGAAUUGACUAAAAAUGAAAUUGCCACCAAUAUAAUGAACUUGCAAGCGUGA